AUCCUUAAAGGCGCCGCGCCGAUUUCCGAGCCUCUCGUGAAAGUGUAAUGGGAGGCAGCGCUGCCUUUCGGGAGGCGGUGCGGGUGAGAUUCGCCCCCAGCCCCACAGGCUUCUUGCACCUGGGGGGCCUGCGGACCGCGCUGUACAAUUACCUCUUUGCCCGGAAACACAAUGGCCGCUUCGUCCUGCGCCUGGAGGACACCGACCAGAGCCGGGUGGUGGAUGGAGCCGCACAGGGCAUCGAGGACAUGCUGGAGUGGGCAGGCAUCCCUCCGGAUGAGAGCCCUCGCCGAGGGGGCCCUGUGGGGCCUUACCUGCAGUCUCAGCGCCUGGGCCUCUACCGGGAGGCCUCCGACUUCCUCCUGGAGAAGGGGGCUGCCUACCGCUGCUUCUGCACCCCACAGCGCCUGGAGCUCCUCAAGAAGGAGGCCCUGCGCAACCGGCAGACCCCACGGUAUGACAACCGUUGCCGGCACCUGAGCCCCUUGCAUGUGGCGGAGAAGCUGUCUCAGGGUACGGAGCAUGCAGUGCGCUUCCGCCUGGAGCAGGGCACCGAGGAGCCCUUCCUGGACCUGGUCUACGGGUGGAGCCGCCACGAGGUGUCCAGUGUGGAGGGGGAUCCGGUGGUAUUGAAGAGUGACGGCUUCCCCACCUAUCACUUGGCCAACGUGGUGGACGACCACCGGAUGGGCAUCAGCCACGUCCUGCGGGGCACGGAGUGGCUGACCUCCACCUCCAAGCACCUCCUGCUGUACAGGGCCCUUGGGUGGCAGCCCCCGCGCUUCGGCCACCUCCCGCUCCUCCUCAACCGCGACGGGAGCAAACUAUCGAAGCGGCAGGGAGACCUCUUCGUGGAGGGCUUUGCACGGGAGGGAUGCCUGCCGGAGGCCCUGCUGGACCUGCUGACCAACUGUGGCUCUGGCUUUGUGGAGAACCGGAUGGGGAGGACACUGCCAGAACUGAUAGAGGAGUUCGACUUGGGCAGAAUUGAGCGACACUCGGCCCUUUUGGACUUGGAGAAGCUCCCUGAGUUUAACAGGACCCACUUCUCCCGGAGGAUCAGGGACGAGGUGCUGCGGCGGGAGCUUGUGUCCGAGCUGCAGACGGCCAUAGAAGAGACCUUUGGGCAGCAGCUGGUGGACAGAGGGGUCCUGGAGGCGCCCUAUGUGGAGCAGGUCCUCUUCCUGCGGAGGGGCCACGUCAGCCAGCUCAAGGACUUAGUGUCCCCCAAGUAUGCAUUUUUGUGGAUCCGUCCCUCUGUGUCGCAUGAAGAGCUGCAUUCAGUUUCAUCUGAGGCAGAGAAGAUAGGGACGCUGGUUCUCGGGCUUCUAGACCAGCCAGUGGCCCCUCUGAACUUGGAGGAGCUUAGCAGGGACCUGCGGUUGCUGAUGAAGCAAAUCAAAGGAACCCAGUACAGCAGUGCGAUGAAGCUGCUCCGCUUGGCCCUCAGCGGCCGACAGGAAGGACCCAGCGUUGCCGAAAUGAUGGUCUCCUUGGGGCGUAGAGAGACCUGCGCCCGGAUCCAGAGGGCCCUGUGCAGGUGACCUUGAAGUCGCGGAAGAGCAACAGCACAAAGGACCAGUGACCCAUGGAUUAGGAAGAAUGCACUUGUCCUGGACCACUUUCAGAAAGAGAGGACUCAAUGGGAUUUGUGCAAGAACUUCCAAUACACAUGUGUGGAAUUGAAAUGCACCCCAGGGAAAUGAGCAACUUUGGGAAAUAUGCCCUGGCUCCCUGGUUCAGUGCCUCACUAUUAUGGCAAUGACCGCAAUUGCAAUGUGCUUUGUGCAUUAAUAAAGAAAGGGGAAUCAUGGGUGCUGGGUGCUUCAAAGCUAGCAACUGUCAUCUAAGAAAGAUUUGCAUCUUCCAGGGCGACUCUGGAUGGUUUUGGAUGUGGAAAAAGUUUAUGAACAGUUCAUGCAAAACCUUGAGAUUGCCUCACGUAAAGCUCUCCGUGUUGGUUUGGGGAUUCUGGGUCUGAACUAAUGUUCUGAAGCUCUCCAUAAAAACAAAAGAGCAGAAAUAAAUCAUGUCUAUUGAGAAA